AGCUGUCACUAAAACCUACCACAAUAGUGUUGCUACAACACCGCUUGUUGUUUUUGGCGCAAUUUCCAACGUUUAUUGCAAAAAUCUUGAUUUAUUAAUUAUUUGUUUAAUUUACUUGUACACAAAUAUUCGUAAAUAUGUCCUCCGUAUAUGGCGAUGAUGUCGUUGAAGAUUUAAUUAGUGGAAAUUUACAUGACUUACCAAGCGAUGAAGAGAACGACCAAAAUGGAAUGGGUGGGGAAGAACUAUUUGGCGAAGAUGUUGAAGCCGGUGAUAACGCAGAUGGCGCGCAACAGGGCAUUAAAGUUGAACCAAAGAAGCGAACAGUGCGUAAUCCAAGACCUAAAUUAUCUUUGGAUACCUUGACGGGACAGCGCGGCAUACAUACGAUAGAAGAAUAUUUCAAAGAUGUUAGUUUUAAAGGCAAAGGGCACGAGAAACGUGAUCUGGACGAGGUAAUGCGUCGCAUGACACACUGGGCACAUCGCAUGUAUCCAAAUUACAAAUUUGACGAUGUCUUAACGAAUAUCGAACGAAUUGGCAAGAAGAAGUCUCUACAAGUACAUAUGUCACGCUAUCGUCUGGGUAUGUUGGACAACUUGAAAACUACUGGUGACCAUGUACAAGACGACGAGGAUGAUGGUGACGCAGAUGCUGCGGCAGAUGAACCAUUUGACGAGUUCGAUGCAUUGUUGGGUGAACAAAUUGCUAUAUCUAAGAUAGCGCCGCGUACGCCUGCACAUUACAGUAGUGGUGGGGGUGGUGCUGACAGAAUAGACGCGACAUUUACUGGUGCCAGUACUAGUACUUUAGCCACACCAUCAUUUAACCGCGGUAAAGCAGCCAUGUCUACACCAUACACUAACAGCGAACGUGGUGGCUACAAAUUAAAUGACAGCGACCUCGCGAAACCACUACCGCCAUCACAACCAGCAUCACCUGCACCAACAACAAAAUUAACAGCAGAGCAAAUGGCGCGUAUUGCAGAAAAUCGACGUAUAGCAUUGGAGCGUUUGAAAGCGAAAAAAGAACGUUUAGCACAGCAAACAAACGCAAGCAUUGGUCUAACAAAUACAAUACCGGAGGAGUAAUUUUUGCGGCGCACGUGUGACUUUGUUAAAUCUAAAAAAAGCGCUUACUAUUCAAACUAUGCAGCAUUUAUAAUAGCACUAGUAAAUGUGCUUAUCACAUUUUUUAUACGUUUUUUAUUUAUUUACAUACAUAUGUACAUAUAUAUGUAAGCCUUCCUCUUCAAACGUGCCUUCAUUUCAAUGAUAAAUUAAACCAACCCAGAGCGGACGCGUCAUGGCCACGACACAAUACCUAAGCCAAAACAACUACGUUUCGUUGGUUUCGUUUUAGUUUUUGUCUCGUUUCAACAAAAUCGCGUGUUUAUAGCACGUUUGUUUUGUUACUUUGAUUCGUUGGCCUAUACGAAUCAGUUCUGCGUUUGUUUAUCAGGUUUUGAUAUAGUUUCCACCAGUUGCUGAUGUGAAGAAAUAGUUUUUACUUUAACACAGACAUGCAUAUGUUGUACUUUUAACAAAAAACAAAAUGUGAUAAUUUCUUUUACCAACUCAUAUACAUAUCAACAAUAAUUAUUUUUGCAAUUUCUUGAAAUAUAUUGUUAUUAGCCACAUAAAUAGCCAUUAUUUUUGCAAUUUCUUGAAGUAUAUUGUUAUUAUCCACAUUAAUAGUUUGUUUUUGUUUACAUUUGCACUGCUGUCACUUAUGUUGUUGUUUUUUCUAAUACCCAUUGCUAUUCCAAUUGGAUGUAAACAAGUUUGUUUACAUUUACAAUUUACGCCGGUGCAUUUGUAAAUAACAACAAUAAGAACAUAAAUUUGACGUAAUAGAAGUGAAUGCAACUACGUAAGGUCUGCAAUGCUGUUUGUCAAUGCAUCACUCGGUUAUUUUUACAUGCAAAUAAUUAAGACGUGAGCUAAUACCUGUAUAGCUGUAGUUGAUUACACAUAUUAUUUUUAACAUAGCAUAUAUGUAUGUAUAAGAUAUUAAAAAUAUAUCUGCUAUCGUGUCGGAUCAUACGAUUUCAGUAGUCACCAUAAAAGUGGAACAGAGAGAGUGCGAUAUUUUAACAUAGUUUACGUACGUAAAUACUUAUGUAUAACAUUUGAAGGCGCCAACAACACGGAAAUGAUUUGCUACGCUACAUAUAUUCUUCCUAAAGUGAAAAGUGGGUGUGUUUUGCAAGUACAGUAGAAACAAAAACAGCUGAAAUUUAAACUAUACGCACUAUGAAAACACUGGCACUCUUCUGCCUAUAUACAUGAAACUAUCGGAUGAUCUUUUGAUGACUGUUGGCAUACGUCAAAUGAUUGUAGCGAAAACAACUCGAAAGAAAACUUGCGUUGGCCAACAAAACAAAAACAUUUUUCUACUUGUUUCUACAAUUUUUUUUUUCGCAUACCUCAACAAAUUAUUUACUAAUCGCAUUGCUACGCUCUAUUUUUUGGCGGGUACUUAAUAGUGCAUAUAAAC